AUGAAGAUAAUAUGGAAAAAGGUUGUAAGCCAUAUAGGAGAAAUAUAUAAUGAAAAAGCAGAUUCUUUAGCAAAAAGAGGAGUUAAAAACAAGCAAGAAAAGAUCCAAGAAAAUUAUGAAUCAAUAGCAAAAAUCAGAUACUUACCAAGAUGGCAAAAGCUUCUAAUUGAAAUAAAACUAAGAAAGUUUAUUAGAAAUCUUACAACGACUAUCUACGAAACAGAACUACCCACUUUGGAUCAUUGCAUAAGACAUAAUAUCUAUAAUAAACGAAGUGCUCAGUGUUUUUGUAAGGAAUAUGAGGAGAUUUGGAAUAAAAUCGAAAACGAAAUAAUAGAGAAAUUAAUAAGUGAAACCAUCGCUACUAAAAAAAGCAUCAACACUAAUAGUUUACAUAAAGAACUUAAAAAAAUAGUGUUUGAAGCUAAAGAAGUAGAUGAAAAAAAUG